CAAAAAAUUCCGGUGGUUCUCGUCGGUUGAGAAAUUUCAGGAGCAGGAAAAAAAUGGCGGAAGCAGCUCAUAAUCAGCAAGAAAAGCCGCACACUUUGAUGGUAUCGUCCGAAGUUCAUCCACCGGAAUGGGACACACCGGAAGCGACCAGUGGUACGUACGAGUUGAAUCACACUGGUGCUCCGGGUGGUCCCAGUGGUUCUUUCGUACUGCUCGAUGAAGCACCAGUUCUGGUAGAUACGUCAUCGCCAUCAGGUGAUGGAUCAUUUGUGCUCAGGGAGGACGUACCGAUUGUUGGAGAAGAACCCGGCAAUGACGGAUCGUUCGUGUUGAAGGAGGAUGCCCCUAUUGUGUUGGAGACGGGAGGAGAUGGAUCGUUCGUGUUGAAGGAAGAUGCGCCUAUUGUUCUAGAAACCGAAGGAGAUGGAUCGUUUGUGCUGCGAGAGGAAGCGCCUAUAGUUUCUGAUGCGGCGGAUGGAUCGUUCGUAUUGCGGGAGGAAGUUCCCAUUGUAGAAAAUACCGAGUCUGGAGACGGAUCGUUCGUUCUGAGAGAAGAUGUUCCCAUCGUAGACACUGGCGUAUUGCCGGCUUUCGUAGAGCAAAGCAUUGCAGAAAUCGCUCCGGAGCAGGGCUUCACUCCAGGACAUUUUUCGAUUGAACUAGAACGAGAUGCUCGCUGUGAAGGGCUGAUUGGUGAAAUAUAUCGGGUAACGAUUUCGGAAGAUCAUCGAGAUCCAAUGGUGUUGCUGUGCAAGAUUCCUCCCCUGGAUAUCGGUAGAAGGCAGCAGUUCAACUCGAUGUUUCUCUUCGAUAGGGAAGUAACCGUGUAUUCUUCCCUGCUGCCGGUAGCAUUUGAAUUCCAAAGACAGAAAGGAAUUACGGAAGACUUGAACACCGGAUUCUUUAGUGUUCCGAGGACCUAUCUCUCAAGAUACACAGCCGACGUCGAAGAAGCCGUAAUACUAAUGGAAGAUUUACGUAUUCGAGAGUUUGGCAUGUGGAACAAAUUGGAACCCAUCAACUAUGAACAUGCUAGGCUGUUGAUGGUCCAACUUGGUCGAUUCCACGCACUAUCCUUGGCCAUGAAGGAUCAACGGCCGGAUCUGUUCGAGCAGUUCAAGAUGCCAGAUGUAAUGGUACCUGCAAUGUUGGGUAACGAACAGCUUAUGGGAAUGUUUGAAGCUGCCUUGGAUGGAGCCGUGCAAGUGCUGGGCUUCGACGAGGAAAGAGCUCGUUCUAAGGUUCAGGGAUUGAGAAGCGACUUCGUCAGUAUCUUACAGAACUGUGUCGAUCCCGAGCGGGCCGAACCCUAUGCUGUUCUGAACCAUGGCGAUUGCUGGGUUAACAACCUGAUGUUUUGUUAUCAGGACGGAGCCCCUCGUGAAGUUGUUCUCCUCGAUUGGCAGCUGGUGCGGUACGCUUCGCCAGCCUUGGACAUUCUCUAUUUCAUGUUCUGCUGUGCGGACGAUGUUUUUAGGGCCAAAUUCUACGAUGAACUGAUUCGCAUCUACUACACCGCCCUCAAGGACCUGCUGGAGGCCCUGGGCAGCGAAGCGAUGGAUGUUUUCCCGUUCACCGCUUUGUUGCGACAGCUCAAGACCUUCGGUAGGUUCGGGGUCAUCAUGGCCGCCCUGGAUGUUCCGAUCCUGUGCACCGAUCCGGCUGAGAUUCACACCCAUGGUGAUGCGGCCGUUGCCUUCGGGAGUUCCGAGCAAGCUCAGCAACGCUAUGGGUCUCGUAUGGGUGGCAUCAUUAGAGACGCCAUCAAAUAUGGAUAUUUGUUGACGACGCGCCAUCAGAUCCCCAGCGGCCCAGACCAUUCAGUAUUAAUCAUGACUUCUGACGCCGCAGAGCUUCCUCCUUUCUUCAAGGAAUGCGCUAGCAAGGCAGCCCUCAAGCUGGGUUUUUCACCGGAACACACGAUACAGUUUAAGGCCGGAUCCAACUCAAAUGGGCUGGUGGGUGAAAUACAUCAGGUCAUAAUCCGCGAAGGAUCCCGCCAGGAGGUGAUCUUCUGCAAACACACACCGCUGCGGGUCGCCAAGCGGGAACAGUACGGAUCAAUCAUUUUGUUUGAACGUGAAAUCGAAAUGUACUCCAAGGUACUUCCGGCAUUGUUUGAGUUCCAAACGGCCCGGGGUGUAGGUCCGGAUCAGGGAUUUUUCGGAACGCCGAAGUGUUAUCACACAUGUUACUUGGAAGAUGCGGGUGAAUCACUGAUUCUUAUGGAGGAUCUGAACAAGCGGGGUCUGGAGAUGUUGAACAAACUAAACACCCUGGACUACGAUCUCGUCAUGACGGUGAUGCGAUCGCUUGGGAAGUUUCAUGCACUCUCGUUUGCCGCCCGCGAUCAACAACCGGAACUGUUGGAGCAGUUGAAACUUCCGGACCUGCUGCUUCCUACCAUAAAAUGUACCGAACAUCUAGGUCAGGCCUUCGGCAAAGCUGUAGAGGGAGCAAUUUCCCUGCUAGACCCGACGGAAGAUCAGGAAGCACGAUCUAAGAUGCAGGCCUUACUCGACGACUAUAUGGCCAUUAUGGAACAAUGCUUGGAUGGAUCGCAAGCCGAGCCUUACUCCGUUUUGAACCAUGGCGAUUGUUGGACCAACAAUAUUAUGUUCGGUUUCAAGGACAAACUUCCGACGGAAUUGAUCCUAAUCGAUUGGCAGUUGGUUCGAUACGGCUCCCCGGCACUGGACGUUUCGUACUUCCUGUUCUGCUGUACGGAUGCCGAAUUCCGUGAAAAACACUAUCAAGAAGCUCUCCAAGUCUACCACAGCGCCCUGUCCAGCCUACUGCGACAGUUGGGAAGCGAUCCGGAAAAGUUGUUCCCCUUCAGUGCCUUCGAGGAUCAGUUGAAGCGAUUCACCCGCUUCGUGAUGAUAAUGAGUGCGUUUGAUAUUCCUAUUCUUUGCACCGAUCCGGCCGAGAUGCCCGAUUUGAGCGGAGAUCUUUCGGAAGGGUUUGCCAACUCGCCCGCGGCACAGCUAAGGUACGCAGCUAGGAUGAAGGACGUCGUACGGGAUGCACACAAGUACGGUUAUUUGGAUUGAUCGAUCCAUUGGCUGAGACCAGAGACAUUCCAACUUGAAAAAUGUUGUAUUUUUUUUAAGUAUCGAUAAAGGC